AUGCCACAUGAUGGUUUGAAGGAGAGUAGCUCAACCAAUUUUGAAGAGAUAGAGGUGGAGAAGGAAAACAUUCUGCCGUUGAAAGAGGGAAGAUCAGCUCUUGGUUUAACGCAGGCUUUACGUGAGGAUGUAUCGCAGUUGAACAGUACUAGAAUUGCCUUUGAAAGGCGAUUGCUCGAAGAAUUGGAAGAUAUGGACGAUCCAUUUGAAUUAUUCAUGGACUAUAUCACCUGGAUUAAUCAUGCCUACCCUCAGGGUGGAAGUUCGAAACAAAGUGGGAUGUUAGACGUUUUAGAGAGAUGUCUUAUGUAUCUCAGAGAUAUGGAAACUUACAGGAAUGAUCCCAGGCUUUUGAAAUUGUGGUUAUGGUAUAUUGAGCUGUUUGCUGCAGAUUCUGCUCAGCAGGCUAAGGAAAUCUAUACCUAUAUGCUUCGCAAACGUAUUGGUUCCAAGCUCUCACUAUUUUACGAGAGUUUUGCCACCCUAUUAUUUGAAAUGGGGAAGUAUAAAGAGGCAGUCUAUAUUAUGAGGAUGGGAAUCAAUGAAAAUGCCAGGCCACAAAAUCGAUUACUGAAGAGAAUGGAUGACUUUCAAGCUAGACUGCGAAACAUGAACAUUGAUCUGGAAAAUGGACCACAGGUAAGCCCUCAAUUCUUCGAGCCUUCGUCAUCUGCAGUGCUGGGAAGAGAAAGAUCCUCGGUCAUACACAAUACACAGGAUAGAAUAUCAGAUAGCAGACAAUUAGAUGAUGAUAAACCUGCCAAAUACGCUAUUUUCCGCGACAAUGAAAACUCCGACGACGCCAAUCAUGAACUGAAUUAUAAUGGAUGGGAUAUUUUGGAUAGCAGAGCUAAUAGGACUAAGGAAAAUCAGGUGAGCUCGAAAAGAAUAGUUAGCGGGUCUAAUAUUGGGAAGAUUCAGCAGGAGGUUGCGCAGACAAAGAAGGAAGCUGCUUCUGAUAAGUUGAGAAUCUUCAAGGAUAGUCUUGGCAGAAGUGAGCCUGUUUAUAAGAACGUGAACACACCUGGAAAAAAACCUGAAAAGAUUGAUUGUAAUUUCAAACUAUUAUAUCCUAAUGAUAAUGAAGAAUAUUGCAUUGAAGAGAUCCUAGCCAUGUCACGGAACGUUUAUAUUAAAAGGAGAAAACCUUAUGGGGAUACAGAGAAUAUGCCGGUUAGCAAAAAGAGGAAAAAUAUAACAGCAUUGGCAGAAAAGAGGACCGAGUUGCCCUCUUCUCAACCACCAGUCUCUACCACAUAUGUCCAGUCAGGUGAGCCAGACCUUCAUGGGCAAACCACAAAUGGCCAAAAUAAACCUAGUACAUCUUCAAUCUUGCCUUUGAAUGACGAGGAACCAAAAAAUGAGUUAAAUCACGAAAGGAGCAAGCAACCUUUGCAGGCUCCAAAUUCACCAACCAUAACUUUCUUUUCCAAAAACGCAAUGGAUGAAGUUUAUUCAAUGUUCAAUCAGCAUUAUGAGGAAACCAAGCCCACAAUUGACGGAGAUGAAACGACUGGUAAAUUUGCACUUCUCGAUAACUUUACCCAGGAGUUUACGAGGCAAAACAUGGAAGAUUUGACUGAGGUCAAGAGAACAGACCCUGAUGGAAAUACUAAAACACAAGACAUACACAUGGAAAGCGUGCUGUUAUCCCCGCAGAGAGAGGAAAAAGAGACGAAGAUCCCCAGCCAAGCAUAUCGAAGUAAAGUUCAUGAGUUCAUGACACCAAUACAGGAGAGAAAUGAAAGAGUAUUCGAAACUCCGAUUGAAAGUAGACAGGCGUAUGAAGAAGGGAAAAAUAAUUAUGACUCAGCGGCAAGCUCUCCAUUUCUAACACAGCCUCAGCAGGAACUCGAAAGGGUGCCGCAAUUGGUAAAUUCGGUUGUCGAUGACCCGCUUAGCAAUGAUUUAAGAGGACAAUUACUGGCGAAUAUUCAACCAUCCUUAGACGAUUACGACACAUUCUAUCGGUACAAUCAGCCUUUAAAAAUGAGUGCUCUUCUCAAGAAAAUUCAUAGAGUCUCAAGGUCGGAGAACAAAAAUCCCAUUGUUGAUUUCAAAAAGACUGGUGAUCUUUAUUGUAUAAGAACAGAACUGGGCGAGGGUGGUUACGCUACUGUCUAUUUGGCAGAAUCAAGUACUGGUCAUCUCAAGGCAUUAAAAGUUGAAAAACCCGCUAGCGUGUGGGAAUAUUACAUCCUAAAGCAAGUGGAAAAAAAGCUCAAGGGAAGUAUUGUUCUUCGUUCUAUUAUCAAUGCCAGCUCCUUGCAUUGCUUUCAAGAUGAAAGCUAUCUGGUUUUGAAUUAUGCCAGCCAAGGUACUGUUUUGGACUUGAUAAAUCUACAGAAAGAGAAAUCGCGAGGCCCCAUAGACGAGCUCCUGUGCAUGUUCAUAACAGUGGAACUGAUGAAAGUGAUGGAGGCCAUUCAUAGAGUAGGGAUAGUUCACGGGGACGUCAAACCAGAUAAUUGCAUGAUCAGAUUCGAGAGUGGAACUUUGGGACCUUAUCGAGCUGAUGGGUCAGAGGGAUGGUGCAAUAAAGGUAUUUAUCUCAUUGAUUUUGGAAGGUCAUUUGACAUGAGCCUCUUCCCACCAGGUACCAAAUUCAAGGCGAACUGGAAAACAGACCAACAGGAUUGUUUUGAAAUGAGGCAAGGCAAGCCAUGGAGCUACGAAGCUGACUAUUUUGGGUUGGCAGGUAUAAUUCACUCACUUCUCUUUGGAGAAUUUAUCGAAACAACUCAAAUUUCUGAUGGUAGAAGUAAAUUAAAGAGGCCGUUGAAAAGAUACUGGAAGCAGGACAUCUGGUUAAAGAUUUUUCAUUCUCUGCUUAACAGUGAUAAGUUUGAUGAUUUUCCAAUCACUUCGGAGCUGGUGGAGUGUAGACAACAAAUUGAAGCUUACCUUAAUGACCAUGCAAAUGACAGAUUAAGGUGCAUUAUACGAGAUUUGGAAUCGGAGCUGACGUAUCUUAAGAGGACCUGA